GUGAAUCGAUAAACCUCUUCAUACCUCAUUUUUUCCAUCUGCAAAGUGGGGACCAGUAGUAUGACUCCCUUCACAGGGUUGUUGUGGGAGCUGAUCACAUUCGUGUUAGGUCAGGCACACAGCAAGGGCUCAAUGAUUAUUACUACGACUAUUUCGGGUUGGGUACAAGUGUCAUUUAUUACUUUUUCUUUUUUUAAUUCUUUCUUUCUAAAAGGCUUAAUUUCUUUAUUCUCGAGAGACACAGGCAUAGGGAGAAGCAGGCUCCGUGCGGGGAGCCCCAAGUGGGAUUCGAUCCCAGGACCCGGGGAUCACAUCCUGAGCCGAAGGCAGAUGCUCAACCGCUGAGCCACCAGGUGUCUGUAUUUUUUUUUCUUACUUAAUGGACAGAAUCUAUCCAAAUUGCUAAAACCUUAGUCCAAAUGAAAAUGACCAAUAUCCAUGAGCUCUGGUCCCCCAAGAGGGAACACAAAGUCAUGCGGAGAGGCCCUGGAGCUGGCUGCUUGGGCUCCAGAGCUGGCCCUGCCCCAGUCCCUAACCCAAAUCUCAAGUUGACUUGACCUCCCUCCUCAGUGUUUCCAUCUGUAAAACAGCCACGUAAGAGGAUCAGCCUCAGAGGGUGCGGGGAGCUCAGCAUGAGCUGAGAGACGAAGUGUCAGGACAGGGCCUAGCGCAGAGCCAACGCCGAGGAAGGGGGUGGCAUCCUCACCAUCGGUUUCCCCUGGAGUCGGCUCCUAAUCCCAGUGGGUGGUUGGCACUCAGGGGGUUAAUUUGAGGCAGGGCCGGCGGCUGUGGGCUCCGGGCAGGGCUGCUGUCCCGCCGAGUGUGGCCACCAGAGGGAGCAGCUGGCCCCCUCUGAGGCUUGGUGCCCCGGCUCAUCACACCCUCCGGGGAGGGGGCUGGCUGGGGGAGCCCAGGAUGGGACCAGCACCCCCCCUUCCCCGGGGUCGCUCCUGCCACCCCACCCCCACCUGCAGAGCCAUCCACUCCCCACCCUGGUGACAUCUCCUCACACUCCGAGUGGGGUGGAGCGGGGUGGAGGGGGAAUCUGGGGAGGGGGCUGGCUGAGAGGGGUCAGGGCAGCUCCAGCCCUUGCAGCCCCUCCCCUCCCAUGGGGCCAUCCAGUCCCUUCCUUAGGGCCGCUCUUCCUAUGGCCUCUAACCCCCUCCUCCCGCUGCGGCAGUGCCCAGCGGCACACCCGGUGCCCCAGUGAGUCCCUUUCCCAAACCUCCAAGGAGAAGGGGCGUGGGAGGAAGGGGAGAAGGGGAAUUGGAAGGGGCGGUGAGAAAUAAAGACACCAGACAGAGGGACACACACACACACACACACACACACACAGGCCGACAGACGGACAGAGACAGAAACAGAGAGAGACAAAGAAACAGAGAUAGAGAGACAAACGGAACUAAAGACAGAGAGUGGGAAGCGGACUAACUCACUGAGUCAGAGAGAGAGAGAGAGAGAGAGAGAGAGAACUAAGAAAAUUAGACGCCCAGGGCAUACAGGAAGAGAAGCAGCUGAAGGAGAGACGGAGAAGGGAGAGGCGCGGCGGCCGCGCUGUGCCAGCCGGCCGGAUGGGGGGCCGCCCGGCGGGGCGGAGGUAGUGGCCCCGAGUCACCCACCGCGCGGGUGGGCAGCAGAGAGCGGCGGCGGCAGGGGUGAGGGGGCAUGGGAGGGGCGGGCGUGCUGCUGCUGCUGCUGUUGGCCGGGGCCGGCGCCUGGAGGCCCCCCAAGGGAAAGUGCCCCCUGAGCUGCUCCUGCUCCAAGGACAGCGCCCUGUGCGAGGGCUCUCCGGACCUGCCCGACAGCUUCUCCCCGACGCUGCUGUCACUCUCACUCGUUAGGACUGGAGUCACCCAGCUGAAGGCCGGCAGCUUCCUGAGGGUGCCCACCCUACACCUGCUCCUCUUCACAUCCAACUCCUUCUCAGUGAUUGAGGACGAUGCCUUUGCGGGUCUGUCCCACCUGCGGUACCUCUUCAUUGAGGACAAUGAGAUUGGCUCCAUCUCUAAGAACGCGCUCAGAGGACUUCGCUCACUCACACACCUGAGCCUGGCCAAUAAUAAUCUCGAGACCCUCCCCAGAUUCCUGUUCCGAGGCCUGGAGACCCUAACUCAUGUGGACCUCCGCGGGAACCCGUUCCAGUGUGACUGCCGUGUCCUCUGGCUGCUGCAGUGGAUGCCCACCGUGAAUGCCAGCGUGGGGACCGGGGCCUGCGCCGGCCCCACCGCUCUGGCCCACAUGCAGCUCCGCCACCUGGACCCCAAGACGUUCAAGUGCAGAGCCAUAGAGCUGUCCUGGUUCCAGACGGUCGGGGAGUCGGCGCUGGGCGUGGAGUCUUUCUCCUACCAGGGGGAGCCCCACAUGGUCCUGGCACAGCCCUUUGCCGGCCGCUGCUUGAUCCUGGCCUGGGACUACAGCCUGCAGCGCUUCCGGCCCGAGGAAGAGCUGUCCGCGCCCUCCGUGGUGUCCUGCAAGCCGCUGGUCCUGGGCCCGCGCCUCUUCGUGCUGGCCGCCCGCCUGUGGGGGGGCUCCCAGCUGUGGGCCCGGCCCGGCCCCGGCCUACGCCUGGCGCCCACUCAGGCCCUGGCCCCGCGGCGGCUGCUGCGGCCCAAUGACGCCGAGCUCCUGUGGCUGGACGGGCAGCCCUGCUUCGUGGUGGCCGACGCCUCCAAGGCGGGCAGCACCACGCUGCUGUGCCAGGACGGGCCCGGCUUCUACCCCCGCCAGAGCCUGCACGCCUGGCACCGGGACACGGACGCUGAGGCCCUGGAGCUGGACGGCCGGCCGCACCUGCUGCUGGCCUCCGCCUCGCAGCGGCCCGUGCUCUUCCACUGGCUCGGGGGCCGCUUCGAGAGGCGCACGGACAUCCCCGAGGCCGAGGACGUCUAUGCCACACGCCACUUCCAGGCUGGCGGGGACGUGUUCCUGUGCCUGACGCGCUACAUCGGGGACUCCAUGGUCAUGCGCUGGGACGGCUCCAUGUUCCGCCUGCUGCAGCAACUUCCCUCGCGAGGUGCCCACGUCUUCCAGCCCCUGCUCAUCGCCAGGGACCAGCUGGCCAUCCUGGGCAGCGACUUCGCCUUCAGCCAGGUCUUCCGCCUGGAGCCUGACAAGGGGCUCCUGGAGCCACUGCAGGAGCUGGGGCCCCCAGCCUUGGUGGCCCCUCGCGCCUUUGCUCACGUCACCAUGGCCGGCAGACGCUUCCUCUUCGCCGCUUGCUUCAAGGGCCCCACGCAGAUCUACCAGCAUCACGAGUUAGACCUGAGCGCCUGAGACCCGCGGGGACCUUGGGCAUGGCCCGGAGGGAAGGGGCACCGGCGGCGGCAGUCCCAGGCCUCUGGACACCCCCCUGGACCGGCCUCCUGGCCCUCCUCGGGGUGCCGGUGCCUGCGAGGUCCUGACCACAGGCCAAGUUCAAGGCGAGAGCUGGCCCUCCGGUCUGACGCCACGUCUCUAAGGAUGACGUGGGGGCUCGGGCCGGGGCGCUGCAAGGAGCCGGGGUACAGAGGCCGCGCCGGGGGUGACGUGCAGAGCCCCACGAGGUCCGGAACUCCCCGUCCCGCCCGCACCCACCCUCCCCGCUCCCGGGGAAAGGGCCGAGGAGCCGCCAGCCGUCCCCUCCCCCUGAGCGCAGUCCGGCCAAUCGCUUUUAGCGCCCGCCUCCGUGACGUCAUCAGUCGCUGGGCGGGGUUCCCCGCCGGGCUUGCUAAGGUCCUCUGCUGCUGUGCGCAUUGCCCGCUGCCGAGGCGGAAGCCCAGCGUGUGGGCCCUUUGCGCGUGCGCGGGGGAACAGGUGGGCAAGCGGGAGCUGCCCGUCUCCGCCGAGGGGCGGGGCUGAGGACCGGAAGUGUAUGAGCUCAAUAAACGCGCUGUGCACCUGC